AUGGACACGCCCCACAAAACCUUCAGCUCACAGUGGCACCCGGUGGUGACAAGGGCCUGCGACUGGGGGCUCCUCCAGGUUCCCAGGGGGACCCAGUGCCAGCUACCCACCAACCUCAGGAUACCCCAGGAGGUGUGCACCAUCAUGCACUCCAGCCUCACCUUAACUGAAAACAGGGCUAUACCCCGGAGCAGAAGAGGACCCAGGGGCCAGCAGGGGCCAGAGGCGGCCCUUCCCCUCCACUGUGGGGCUCAUCUGGACCAGCAGCUGUUUCUGGAGACGCGGGUGGAGAACAAAUCCAUGAGGUUCGGCAACACGACUGCUAUCCUCCUCUCUUCCUCUGCCCGGGGUCUCAGGUCUCUGUGCAGCAAGGGGCUGCCCGACCAAACUACACGCCUGCCGCGGCGGCGCUCAAGGGUCCAGCCCGCUCGGGUUUCUGGGUCUGGCGCCUCCCGCCCUGCCCCCUCUCCUGCCCGGCACCCGGGACCCCGCACCGUCUUCGAGAAGCCCCGUGAGCGCCCCAUGGGCUGGGACGGCUGUAUCCGCCCGUGGUCACUCACCGUAGCGCUUGGCUCCGUAAACCACCCCGAGGAACAAGGCGGAGUAACGGCCGAGCUGCGGGGAAAGGGCGGUCAGAACCGGCGGAGCGGAACCGGGGUCCGGGGGCUUUCUCAGCCCGCGGGGGGUCCCGGGCGCGGGGGACGCGUGCGGGGAAGGGGGGGCUCGCACCCGCGGCGUCUGGGGCCGAUGCGAGGGGCGGGGGGAAAUCGCAGCCUCCGGGUCGGGGCGCGGGGGCGGGGUGAGAGAGGGGUGGUUGUCCCGCCGAGCGGAGGCCGGGCCGGAGGUCUCGAGCUCCGCGGAGUCGCUCACGCGCGGGCCUACGCGGAGCCGAGCACCCGGCCGCGGCCGCGAAACCUGGUUCACCUUGAUGAGCGGAGAGACCUGCACUGGCGGAACCAUCUUGCCCGUGACCUUCGCGCCGGAAGCACAACGCGGACCGAGGAGGACGCUCCAAGGGCCCGGAAAACAUUGGAGACGCAGAGGCUCACCCGGGUGGGCGCAUGCGCCGUCAGCAGCGAGAAGGCGCCGGAGCCGCCCCCUGGCGGCCGGAGGGAGAACGGCGCGCGCACCCGUUCGCGGAGGGGUGACGUCACCGGGCGCGCGGCUCGCGACUGGCUCCGCAUGCGCAGUGGCCCAGGCGGCACGUGCUGGUUCCCCAGAGCGGCCUUGGUGUCCUCAUCUCAGGCCAGCAGGAAGGCCAAGAGGAAGGAGGGGGGCGCCCUGCGGGCCCCGAGGGCGUCGUCCAACGUCUUCUCCCACUUUGAGCAGACCCAGAUCCAGGAGUUCAAGGAGGCGUUCACACUCAUGGACCAGAACCGAGAUGGCUUCAUUGACAAGGAGGACCUGAAGGACACCUACGCCUCCCUGGGCAAAACCAACGUCAAGGACGAGGAGCUGGACGCCAUGCUCAGGGAGGCCUCGGGGCCCAUCAACUUCACCAUGUUCCUGAACAUGUUUGGGGAGAAGCUGAGCGGCACGGAUGCCGAGGAGACCAUCCUCAAUGCGUUCAAGAUGCUGGACUCCGACGGCAAAGGCAGCAUCAACAAGGACUACAUCAGGCGGCUGCUCAUGUCCCAGGCUGACAAGAUGACUGCUGAGGAGGUUGACCAGAUGUUCCAGUUCUCCACCAUCGACGCUGCAGGCAACCUGGACUACAAGGCACUGAGCUACGUGCUCACCCACGGGGAGGCGGAGUGA